GGUGUGCAGCUUGGCUCCUUUGCGGGCCUCGGUGGUUUUUUUACGGUUUGACCAGUCAGAAUAAACAAGACUCGGGUUCGGAGCAGAAUUGCGGAUUGAAUAUGGAGAAGAAAGAGGAGUCCGUGGCGGGGAAGCGGAGCAGCUCGGAGCAGAGGAAGCUGCGCUCCCGGGACGCCGCCCGCUGCCGGCGCAGCCAGGAGACGGAGGUCUUCUACGAGCUGGCCGGCACGCUGCCCCUCCCCCGCCGGGUCUCCACCCACCUGGACAAGGCGGGCAUCAUGAGAGUGACGCUCAGCUACCUGCGGAUGCACCACCUGCUGCGCUCCGGGGAGGAGCAGGAGGAGGAGGAGGAGGAGGAGGAAGAUCCCAUGGACGCCUUCUACCCUCAGACGCUGGCGGGCUUCGUCAUGGUGCUGAGCGAGGAGGGAGACAUGAUCUACCUGACGGAGAACGUCAACAAGCACAUCGGCAUCAUGCAGCUGGAGCUCCUGGGUCAGAGCAUCUACGACUUCAUCCACCCGUGUGACCAGGAGGAGCUGCGGGACCUGCUGACGCCCCGUCCAGGGACCAGCAAGAAGUCACGGGCCGAGCCCAAGAGCGAGAGGAACUUCUUCCUGCGCAUGAAGAGCACGCUGACCAGCAGGGGGCGCACCGUCAACAUCAAGGCUGCCACCUGGAAGGUUCUCCACUGCAUGGGCCACAUGCGUUCAUUCGGGGGCAGCUCCACGUCGCCCCCCACAGGCCAAGUGAUGACGCUGCUGUGCGAGCCCAUCCCCCACCCGUCCAGCGUGGAGUUCCCGCUGGACACCUCCACCUUCCUGACCCGGCACAGCCUGGACCUGCACUUCACACACUGCGAGGGCCGGGUAACGGAGCUGGUGGGAUACAAACCCGACGAUCUGAUUGGACGCUCCGCCUUCGAGUUUCAUCACGCGCUCGACUCUGAUCACAUCAACAAAAGUCUGCACACACUGCUGUCCAAGGGCCAGGUGAGCACCGGCCUGUACCGCUUCCUGGCCAACAGCGGCGGCUUCGUGUGGGCCGUGACUCAGGCCACUGUGCUCUACAACGGCAAGACGGCGCAGCCCGAAGCCAUCGUCUGCCUCAACUUCAUCCUCAGCUCGGUGGAGCAGCCGGACGUGGUGUUCUCCCUGGAGCAGACCCACGGCGCCCGGCCGCCCAAAGCCGAGGUCCGGGCCCCAGAGGAUUGUGGGAUUGGCGUCAUGUCUGAUUCUGAGGCUGAGCUCCUCCCCGAGGACUCCGCCCCAGACGGCACCGCCGCCGCCACGCUCUUCAUGAAGCUGAAGGAGCAGCCGGAGGAGCUGCUGCAGCUCGCUCCCGACGCCGGGGACGCCGUCGUCCCGCUGACAGCUGCAGGGCAGACCGGCUCCGUGGAGCUGACGUUCUCCAGCCCGUCCACCCUGGACUCGCAGCCUCAGGACCUGUGCAGUCCCCAGCUGAGACAGCUCCUGUCCCCCAUCUUCAACCCGGACAGCCCACCGCCUUCAUCCUCCUCGUCCUCCUCGUCCUCCUCGUCCCCGGCCUCCUCGCCUGAGCUGCUGAUGGAGCAGGACGAGGGGCAGGAGGUGGCCAUGGACACCAGCGAGGUGGAGAAGUUCUUCGCCGUGUGGCCAGAAGACGCUCAGAAGAGUGGAGGAGGCCUGCAGAACAUGGAGGAGGUGGACCUGGACAUGCUGGCUCCCUACAUCUCCAUGGACGACGACUUCCAGCUCACCUUCCUGGCGGCCGAGCCUCCGUCCCCGCUGUCGGCGGCGCCGGCGGCGAGCAGGAAGAGGACUCUGGAGCUGGACAAGGAGCUGCAGGUUCAGAGCAAGAGGCGGAAAGCCGCCCCCACCUCCAUGGAAGAGGAGCUGCUGCUCAGCCACAGACUGCUGGUCAGUGGAGUCCAGAGGACGGUCCGGUUAGCGGUCCGGUUAGCGGUCCAGAGGACGGUCCCGUUAGCGGUCCCUCAGGCCCCGCCCUCACCGCCCCGUCUCCGCCCACAGGACUCCCUGCAGGACGCCGAGCAGGCCGACCUGCUGGUGGACCUGGAGCCGGGCGGACGCUGCCAGCUGCUCACGGACAGAGACCCGGUGCUGGGAGGCGUUCAGGGACUCUGCGACACAGCAGCUCUGAUGAGGGAUGUAUUUGUCGCUCGCCCCUCCUGCCUCUCUCCUCCUCUCUCUCCGAUGACCUGAUGGCCGAUCAACGUUUCCCUCGACUUCAGCUCCCAGAGUCUGGAGGUCGAGGCUGACACAUCGAGCUGACACACACACACACACACACACACACACACACACACACACACACACACACACACACACACCAACAUCAUGUAAGCACACACCACAAACACGCACACACACUUCCAUCAUGUCCACACACACAUACACACCUCCGACAUGUAUACACAUGCCACAAACACGCACACACACACCUGGGUCCUAUACGCACACACGCCUCCUUCAUGUACGCACACACCCCCGGCUGCCGGGCCCCGCGGCGUCUCUCCGGUCUGGACCGGUCCUCGGGGGUCUGGACCCGGAGCGGUGGUGCAGCGGUCCGCCCCCCCUCUCCCCCCGUCAGUUAACGUGAGGAUCACUGAGUCCACGUGGAGGCAGCAGGUGGCGCUGCCUCCCCCUCACACAGCCCGCGUUCCUUCAGCAGUGAGGUGAUGGUUCAAUUCCCUGUGCAGCUAAUCUCGAUCCGUCCGGGAAACUCGACGCUUCCAGCCAGUUACUGUCGUCCAGAGGUGGCGCUCGCCGGGCAGGCCGAUCGGUUCGAUUUAGAGCUCCCGUCGUCACGGUAACGUCAAGCUUCACAUCCGCCACUGGCCUUUACAUUAUAUGUAACAUUUUGUACGCUGAGCUGUUACAUUGUACUGUGAUUUACUUUAAAGACAUGUUAUUCUCUGUUCUAACAUUUCCUGUCAGCAUGUUACCACACUACACUCAUCAAUAAGAAUCUCAGUCUGAUCUACACAUCUACCAUCGUAGCCUGAUAAACAUUUUAUUUUAUAUUUCAUCAACUAACCCUCCUCAGAUGAUACGUUUUGACGUUAUUGUGCGAUAAUGUUUCAUGAUGUGAAUCAAGCCUCUGUUUCCUGUGAUGAAAUUGUUUAAUCAUCAUUUAAAGUGGCUUUUUUUUAAUCAACGAGGCCAAAGAAGAACGGCCUGGCGCCACCUCUGGUUCAAGCUUCUACCUGUUUGAUCUCACUGCCGGUUUAUUUGUACAAAUCAGUCGUCAACCUGCGGAUAUCAGUGGCAUCGUUCUUAACAGUGGCAUAUUUUUACUCUUUUUUUAAUACUUUUUUUUUAAAAGAAUGAAUAUACUCGAACCUUCUGAGACUUUUUAAUCUCUGUUUUGUCUACAAACCCCGAAUGAGCAGCGGCUCGGUUCAGCCGCCUGGAGGUGCCAGGCGGGCGGGGUUAGUCUGAUCUGACGCUCUCUGUCAGUAAACCCACUAAUGCAAGAAAAACCACAAAAAAAAAAAAAAAAAAAAAA